UUCUUUCUAGCUGUCAUUGAAGUGAAUCAUCAGGAUAAGUAGCCAGCUCGGAGCAUUCCUCCUCAGUUGUGUUAAAACUUGCCGGGGGUCUCCGAGAACCAGCAGAGGUGUGUGCUGGCAGCAUUUCAACACAGGGAAGGAGAAGACAGACCAGAGCCCGAAGAUCCGAGGGUCCUCGAGGUGAAUUUCCAGCUGUGCUACCGGAACACUAGCCCAAUCUGACGCCUUCCGGCAGGAGAGGUGGCUUGUUUUCCGUGAGCCUUGAGGACAAUUAUAGUGAUCCAUACGUGAAACUUUCAUUGUAUGUAGCAGAUGAGAAUAGAGAACUUGCUUUGGUGCAGACAAAAACAAUUAAAAAGACGCUGAACCCAAAAUGGAAUGAAGAAUUUUAUUUUAGAGUAAAUCCAUCUAAUCACAGACUCCUCUUUGAAGUAUUUGAUGAGAACAGAUUGACACGAGACGACUUCCUGGGACAGGUGGACGUGCCCCUUAAUCAUCUCCCGACAGAAGACCCAACCAUGGAGCGACCCUACACGUUUAAGGACUUUCUCCUCAGACCAAGAAGUCAUAAAUCUCGAGUUAAGGGAUUCUUGCGAUUGAAAAUGGCCUAUAUGCCAAAAAACGGAGGCCAAGAUGAAGAAAACAGUGAGCAGAGGGAAGACAUGGAGCACGGGUGGGAAGUCGUGGACUCAAAUGACUCAGCUUCUCAGCACCAGGAGGAGCUUCCUCCUCCUCUGCCCCCUGGCUGGGAAGAGAAAGUGGACAAUUUAGGUCGGACCUACUAUGUCAACCACAACAACCGAUCCACUCAAUGGCACCGACCGACACUGAUGGAUGUGUCCUCCGAGGCGGACAGCAACAUCCGGCAGAUCAACCAGGAGGCGGCCCACCGGCGCUUCCGCUCCCGCCGGCACAUCAGCGAGGACCUGGAGCCCGAGCCCUCCGAGGGCGGAGAGGGUCCCGAGCCUUGGGAGACCAUUUCAGAAGAAGCAGCCAUCACUGGAGACCCUUCCCUGAGUCUGUCGCUGCCCCCACCACCUUCCUCCCCAUCCUCUCGGACCAGCCCUCAAGAGCUGUCUGAAGAACUAAGCAGAAGGCUUCAGUUCACUACGGACUCCAAUGGGGAGCAGUUUGGUUCUUUGAUUCAGAGGGAGCCCUCCUCGAGGUUGAGGUCGUGCAGUGUCACUGAUGCAGUCGCGGAGCAGGCUCACCUACCACCGCCCAGUGCCCCAACUAGGAGAGCGCGUUCGUCAACUGUCACAGGUGGUGAGGAGCCAACGCCAUCAGUGGCCUACGUGCACACCACGCCGGGCCUACCUUCAGGCUGGGAAGAAAGGAAGGAUGCUAAGGGACGCACAUACUAUGUCAAUCAUAACAAUCGAACCACCACUUGGACUCGGCCUAUCAUGCAGCUUGCAGAAGAUGGUGCAUCUGGAUCUGCCACAAACAGUAACAACCAUCUAAUCGAGCCUCAGAUCCGCCGGCCUCGUAGCCUCAGUUCGCCAACAGUAACUUUAUCUGCCCCACUGGAGGGUGCCAAGGAUUCACCCAUACGUCGGGCUGUGAAAGAUACCCUUUCCAAUCCACAGUCCCCACAGCCAUCACCUUACAACUCCCCCAAACCACAACACAAAGUCACACAGAGCUUCCUGCCACCGGGCUGGGAAAUGAGGAUCGCGCCGAACGGCCGGCCCUUCUUCAUUGACCAUAACACAAAGACUACAACGUGGGAAGAUCCACGCCUGAAAUUUCCAGUACAUUUGCGAUCGAAGGCACCUUUAAACCCCAAUGACCUUGGCCCUCUGCCUCCCGGGUGGGAAGAAAGAAUCCAUUUGGAUGGCCGAACAUUUUACAUCGAUCAUAAUAGCAAAAUAACUCAGUGGGAAGACCCAAGACUGCAGAAUCCAGCUAUUACUGGCCCGGCGGUUCCUUACUCCAGAGAAUUUAAGCAGAAAUAUGACUACUUUAGGAAGAAAUUAAAGAAACCUGCUGAUAUUCCAAAUAGGUUUGAAAUGAAACUUCACAGAAAUAACAUUUUUGAAGAGUCCUAUCGGAGGAUCAUGUCUGUGAAAAGACCAGAUGUCCUAAAAGCUAGACUGUGGAUUGAAUUUGAAUCAGAGAAAGGUCUCGACUAUGGGGGUGUGGCCAGAGAAUGGUUCUUCUUACUGUCCAAAGAGAUGUUCAACCCCUACUAUGGUCUCUUCGAGUACUCCGCAACGGACAACUACACACUUCAGAUCAACCCCAAUUCAGGCCUCUGUAAUGAAGACCAUUUGUCCUAUUUCACUUUUAUUGGAAGAGUGGCUGGUCUGGCAGUAUUUCAUGGGAAACUUUUAGAUGGUUUCUUCAUUAGACCGUUUUACAAAAUGAUGCUGGGAAAGCAGAUAACUCUGAAUGACAUGGAAUCUGUGGAUAGUGAAUACUACAACUCUUUGAAAUGGAUCCUAGAGAAUGAUCCCACUGAACUGGACCUCAUGUUCUGUAUCGAUGAAGAAAACUUUGGGCAGACAUAUCAAGUGGAUCUGAAGCCCAAUGGGUCUGAAAUAAUGGUUACAAAUGAAAACAAAAGGGAAUAUAUUGACUUAGUCAUCCAGUGGAGGUUUGUGAACAGGGUCCAGAAGCAAAUGAAUGCCUUCUUGGAGGGAUUCACAGAACUGCUUCCUAUCGAUUUGAUUAAAAUUUUUGAUGAAAAUGAGCUGGAGUUGCUGAUGUGUGGCCUCGGCGAUGUGGACGUGAAUGACUGGAGACAACAUACUAUCUACAAGAACGGCUACUGCCCAAACCACCCUGUCAUUCAGUGGUUCUGGAAGGCUGUGCUGCUGAUGGACGCUGAGAAGCGUAUCCGGUUGCUGCAGUUUGUCACGGGGACGUCCCGAGUACCUAUGAAUGGAUUUGCUGAACUUUAUGGUUCCAAUGGUCCUCAACUGUUUACAAUAGAGCAAUGGGGGAGUCCUGACAAACUGCCCAGAGCUCACACAUGCUUUAACCGCCUUGACUUACCUCCAUACGAAACCUUCGAAGAUUUACGAGAGAAACUUCUCAUGGCUGUGGAAAACGCUCAAGGAUUUGAGGGAGUGGAUUAAGCUCCCCUGCCUCGGGUGGUGGUUCGUCCAGCAAGUCCUGCUUGCACUUUUGCGUUUGCCUAACGGACUUUGCAGAGACGAUGGAUGGCAGGGAGCAUUGCACAGCAUGGCUCCUGGAGCAGAGCCUUCGCCCGUGACUUGCCCAAGUCCAGACGUGGGAACCCAGUCCCAGGUCCCGUUUCUGCAUUUUCCACCGUGAAUUAUCAACUGGUUGAUGUGUACACUAAUUACAUUUCAGGAGGACUUAAUUCUAUUUAUGUUGUGCCUCUAUAGGCAAAGCCCUUAAUAAAUAUUUUGCAUACUUUAUAAUGACAAUGAAUGGAAGUAAUCACUCUACAGGUAUAGUAUUACAACUCAUGUUUACUGUUUGAAAAUGAUUUAGACCGAUUUUCCGAUUUCAUUUCAUUACAAUUAAAGAUGUCUCAUGUACUUGGAAAAGUGAGCAUAUAUUUUUUUUGUAUUUGACUUUGAUGCCAGGUUUAAUGUCUGUGACAUUUUUGCUUUUGAAGUACUUUGACACCCCUGCACUCGACUUUAUUCGAACUGGAAGAUUGGUUUAUGUCCAAAUCGUUCUUACAGACAAGUACUUUGAGAGCAUUUAAAGUAUAACAUUAGGCAUAAUGAUAAUUUUUUCCAUACUCAAAAUGAAAACAAAGUGGAUAUUAGAUUUUUUUGUACAAAUUUAGCAUAAUCGCUACAGGCUGGGAGAAUUGUACCAUAGCAUGACAAAUUUUGUGUUGACUGGAAGGAAUCACACCAUUAUUCCCUAAAGUACUCACACGUGUUCUAACACAUUUGAGACGGGGUUGGGCGGUCAUUUCUUAUAGGAGAAAUUACUUAACCCUUUCUGAUGCUGUACUUUAUCUUUUAUUAUAUUUCCCUCUUUGCUGUUCGGGGUAGAGACAUUUAUUUGAAUGAAACUCGGCACUGCCUGAUCUGAAACUGGAAACCAGCUCUGUCUAGUCUCCUGUUGUAUGCGUUUGCUGAUAAUUCCUAGAUCACAGUUGUUCUAACUGCACCAAUUCCGAAGGCACUUUAUGUACUAUGUGGAGGUCAUACCUGGUUUGGUUUGUGUUUUGUUUCUUGUGGACAUUAAAUCUGAUGAUUAUUUCUCUCACUGCACACAUCUUUCUGGUGCCAUACCUGUCAACAGUGAAUCUGGCUGCUGGCGUAUAGAACCUGGCUGUGAAGCUAAGCUGACAGACCUGUCCUCGCCGAUCAUUUUUUGAUUUCUGCUCAGAGAUGAGUUUAAUACGCACGCGGUUGAACCAGCUUUGUUCCCUGUGGCGUGUUGCAUGCUGCUUCUGUGCUGUGGGCUGCCUGUGUCUGUCAUGUGCCAGAUGAAAGGGAGCAGGAGGACUUGCCCCUCUGCGGCCAGGCUGUCGAGCUGGUUGGGAGGCAGGGUGGAGGAUGUGUGCACAGUGUGAUCCUUUGCUGCUGUAAUUCCUAGUGCAGAAUUCUGUUUUGAGAGAUCACCCGAGGCAGUGUGGGAGUUUAGCCCUGCUGGCUUCUUACUCUGUGUUGUCUUAGACCCUGCGGUGGUUACCAGGGAACACUAGAGAUCUGAUCUCUCGCCAGUCAUAAAUAAGACAAAAAUGGUGGCUUUAGGGCCUCUGUUUGUUAUGCAAGAAGGACCUUUUGGUGGAAGAAAUUCUGUUUUGUGGCUUGUGAGAAGCUGUGUGUUUGUGGUUGUAAAUGAGCUAAAGUCCACGGUGUCUAAAGAAGGUGGGUUUUGGCCCAGCUGAGGACUGGCUCCCUUUGCGUAUUGACUUUAAAGUACCUAAUAGUGACCAGAAAACGUAGAUCCUGAGUAAUUAGGGAGAAAAAACCAGUGUUGCUCGGUAUUUUUAUCUGUUGGUGGAAUCUCCCCCCGCCCCCAACAAAUGUCUCAGUGGCAAAACCCGUUCGAACAGUCCCUCCUCGUUCCAGGGUCAGCUUUCUUUGUCAGACUUGUGCCAGAGCCUGGGUGAGCAGUGUGCUGGGUGGGUUCUGAGAGUGAUCAUGUGACUGGAGGGGAAGAAAUCCAGCAAUUCUGGCAUAAAGACUGGGGGUCUUCUAUCACUUUUAAAUUAUAUAUUCAAAAUCAGAGUAUUUGUUAAAUGCAAAUUAGACAAAGUCUUAAAAAUCUGAAAGAAAAAAAUCACUCUAAGAUAAUCUGUAUACCAGGAACAGAUGAGAAUUAUCCACAUGUUGCCCCUAUAAAUAUUUCAAUAGCAGUGAUUGUGAAUGACAGUUCAGUUCAUCUAUUCCUUAAUAUCUGAUUUCAAUAACAGCUCAAUAGUGCUGGGUUUGAGAUUCAUUUUUGCUUGUUUGUAAUCCAAAUAAGGUUUCCUAGUUCUCAACAAUUCGUGUUUCACUCUGUUGAAAGUAGUCAUAUCCCUUGUUUCCUCUAAAUCUUGACCACUCUGCGUCAUCUUUGGGACGUAAUGACAGCAGGCAGUAAAGAAAGCAUGUCAGGUGAGGAGCAGAAGGAUGGGUCAUUCCAUGGGCCUCCACCGCUCUGGUCAGCAGCCUGCGUCACCCUUUCUAGGUGUCCCCAGCAGUGACCCUGCUCCGGAGUCCAGGGAGCCUCUGUUUCCUUAGAAACCACUUGAAUCCACGUGUGUGUGUUUUAGUUCCUAGAAGAAGGCAUGGUUAUCAUAGGCCGGUUUGCCUUGAGUUUAGGAGGUAAGUUCCCGCGUUUACAUACUACAUGUUGAAGGUCUUUGAACAUCAGUUUUCACAACCGUCUGUUCUGGCUAUUUCUCCUGCCAGUGGGAUUAGCUUCAGGGGCUAUGCUGCCUGGGGAAAAGGAAACAACUAGCCUUUGUCUAUUUGGAAGUUGUGUUCCCCUUCAGCGCUCUUCUCUCUAGCUCCCCAAACAUUUCCAUUAUUUACCUUCCUGUAGCCAGGCCUCUGCCAGGUCACAGUGUGAGAUGCUUCUUUGAAUGCCCCCUGGUAGCUAACAUCAGGCAUUACCUAAGGGUCAGGUGACCAAUACUAUCAAGAGACCUGACACGGAUUAUUCCUCCCGCCUUCUGAAAAGUGGUUUGCAAAACAUUUGAAACACUUUCUCCAUCUCACAUUGUUAAGAUAAAAAUAGACAGCAUGUACUAUUGUUGUUUGAUCUUGCCAGGUCCAAAUUGGCUCCCUUAAAAGCCAAGUUCAUAUGCAACAAACUACUAAUUGUUCUAACAGUUGCUAAUUGCUGAACACUUGACUAGUAUUUUCCUAAGUCUUAUCUCUCAGCUCUGAAAUUUUAAAACCUAGAAAAUGAGCCUGGGUUAAACAAUUCUCGAUCUCCUGCCUACUGUGCUAGCUGUCCUUUCUUUGCCUCUUUCCUCCUCACCCAGAGUCUGCACCCCUGUACUGACAGGGAGGGGAGGGACGUGCAGUCCGGUGUCGUUUUCCGCCUUGCCAAUAGGGGGUGCUACUGUGCAGGGUAACUGCCUGGUCUGCUCCCUUCCUGACCCCAGGAGAUCACUACCUCUCUGGCAUCCAGGCUUUGGGAUACAUCCUGAUAAGUCAAAACUGCCAAUUUCAGGUCUGAGAAGUGUUUUUAAAAAUCCUUACAAACUUCACUUUGUACUUUAGAUUUUAAAACUGGGAAGAAAAUGUGAUAUACUUUGGACCACUUUUUUUUUUAAUUUAUCUAAGCCUUAAUGAACAGUGUAUAUACCCUUGCAUACGUACACACACACACACACACACACACACACACACACACACGAGAGUUUUCAGUGUGUCAGAAAAUGCCGUAGCAUUAGGACGUGAGCUGUAUAAUGUUUUAUAAAAAGGAGAACUUUCUGUGUGAACUUUUCCAAGAAAACCUCUCAUCAGACAUCUCUCCAUCUUUAAAGAUGUAACGCGCGGCAAUGCAUGUUUAAAAUGCAUGUCUUUCUGUUGGUUAGUCUGUUUGUAAGGAGUCACAAUAGGACUCCAACGACAUUGGCCACAGACCUCUGUGAAUUGCAUUCUCAGCCUUGUACCUGUGCAUCGCCAGCCUUUCUCGUGACCGUGACCCUGUGUCUUCAGACAUCUGUGUUCCCAUAGAAGCCAGUUUGCAGCUCCUACUGAGACUGAUUUCACCUAGAUUGUCACGGUUUCGUUCAUGUAAUAGUUCUGCGUAACUUUGUUCUUUCUCUACUAUGUAUGUAAAAUAUUUAUAUACAAAUAUGCGUACAUAUGCUGUCCAAAUAUAAAUGUAUAUAUUUGUAUAGCAUUUUUACACCUUUCUUGAGCAGUCUGGUUUUGAAAGGGAGUGAGAGCUUAGUUCCUUCUGGUUUUCUCCAAGCUGUACCCUGAGAAUUCUGACCCUCGGAGCCAGAGAGAACCCCCCCAAGAUGAUGUUAAUAUGCUGUCAUUUAUUCAGGAUCGAUUAUCAAAUGAAACAUGAAAAAAACACAGUGACAUUGAAGGUGAAAAGAGUUUCAAGCAUUCCAAAUGAAUUCUCAGUGUUUCAUAACUUUGUCUGAUAAACCCACCACCUGAAAAA